AUGGAUAAGGAUGGUGUGAAGACCCCCUUGUGGAAGAAGGAGCCGGAGGAGCCGGGGGUCCGGGAGGAGGAGGCGGAGGAGUCGGGGUCGGAGGAGGAGGACGAGGGGAGGCAGCCGGCGGAGAGCGCGGCGCAGGGCGAGGCGGAGGCCCGGGAGGCGGAGGGCGCCCAGGAGCGGGAGACCGUGUCGUACAGCCCGCUGCGCCAGGAGCCCAGCGCCCAGCAGGUGGCGCUGCUGCGGCGCGCGGACAGCGGCUUCUGGAGCUGGCUGCUGCCCUUGGCCCUGCUGCGCGGCCCCGCGGCGCUGGCCGACCGGCGGACCCCCCUGGAGGAGGAGCCGUGCGUGCUGCAGACCCAGCGGCCGCAGCAGCCGUGCGGCGGGGGUUGUGAGCUCUGCGAGAUCCUUUUCUGCAAGAAAUGCAGCGACCUGCACAGCAACCCGGCCUACGUAGCGCACUGCGUUCUGGAGCACCCGGACCUGGGUGAGGCGCGGGCUUCGGGCGGGGCGGGGGUCCCCGGAGCGCCCCCACUUAGAGCCUCUGUGCCCCUCCGCCCCCAUUCUCUCCUGACCCCCGACUCCCCGCUACGUCCUCCUGUCCCCAGCGCUGAGCGCUCUCAGCACAUCCCAGAGCGCCCCCCUCAGGUCCUCUGUCGCCCGCCCAGGGCAGAGCCCAAGGCCACCCGGAGCUCCGUUCCUCCCCUAGCGCCCCUGGGGCCCCCUCCCCUGGCAUCGCCCAGUGCCCACUGGCCACCUGGCUCUGGUCCCCGGGCAGAGCCUCACGCUCCUCUCUUGGGUAUUUCAGGUCCUCCCGGCAUCGCCCCCUAG